AUGAGUAGCAUAACUAACCUGAGCGUCGUUAAAGUUAACGACAGCUUCAGCCCAAGCAACCCGGAGGAGAGUAUAAUAAACGGCUCCGUGAACCCGUGUGCAAUAUCUAAGAAUAACGGAAGAAGCUUUGAGCCCCUCGCGCAUAAAUACAUGUACAGCCGAAAAGGAGGGAACCUCAACGGAGGAAUCCUCAACGGUAAAGGUGGAAACAACACAGGAUUGAGUGGGAUCUCGCAGGAAGAGAGUAACAACCACUGCCCAUCGAGCAACCCCCCCAAUCGAAUGGGUGGCAACGUGGUCAAAGGAAUAAAAGAUGAAGAGAAUAUCGGAGACCACGAGGUCCCCUUGGAAUCACGAAAUGGAAUGUAUGCAAAUCAUAUGGGCCGCCAGAAUGGCAUUCACAUGAAGAAUCAGCUUGCACAUUUUACGCGUGUUUCUAAUGGAAAUAGAGGUUAUGAAAAUAGUAAGAUGCCAUACGAUGAAGAUUUUAUCGGUAACGAAAAUCCAUCGAAUCUAAUUGAUUUUGAGAUGAGAGACACCAACAACAAUAGCAUCCCCCCAGGGGUUCUAGAAUAUCUUAACUACUGUAGGAAAUACGGAAAUGGUUUCAGCAGUGGAUAUGGCGAUGAUGAAAUUGAGAGGCGUCCUUACGGAAGUGGCAGCCAUGGUAAGGAAGCCAAUGAGAUGGAAGAAGAAUUUUACUCCAUGAAUGCCGGAUCACCUAUGGGUACAGCUUUAUUGAAAGAUGGUGGCAACGAUGACGAGAAUUCUGGAAGGAGUAGGAUUCAGAGAAACAACAUGCCUUACCAGCAUUCGUCGAACAAGUAUUCUGAACACCGAGUACGUGGAGGAAUUGUUUCUUCCUAUGGGAAAGACAAAAUGAUGGGCAUGGGAAAUGGUAAAAACCUUAUCAACGGGAAUACAACAUCGACCACGACAAGCAAGGAUGGUAGUCACUAUGGAUCCUUUCGCAACGAAAAUAGAAGUAGUCGAGUUUAUUUUAAUAGAGAAUUUGAACAAAUGGGAGAGGAGGAAGAGAACGAUCAGAUUGAUGAAGAUGAUCAAGGGAUAAUGUGGCAAAGGUUUAACAAGAAGUGUACAAGGAGCGGCUAUCCCAUGAUGAGUAAUACCAACAAUGGUGGAGGUAACAGUUUUCAGCAUAAUGGGCCAAUGCAUAGUGGAAAGCAAUUUAAUGAACUAAAUGAUUAUUAUCAGAGUGGCAUGUACAACACGAAUGGCGGAAACGGGAUGGGAGAUGGCUAUGACAUAGACGACUCCACCGCACGUGUACAGAUGCAUAUGGCCAGAGGGGGAUACUACCAGGGAAUGAACUUCAGCGAUUAUCACAGUAUAAAUAAGGGGAUUACGAAAGCAGGCAGAAGAGGAAGGAAGAAGAGGAGUGAAAGUAGCAUCAGAUACAUGGGCGCCAUCGGGAGGGAAGAACAACAUACCAUGCGGACCUGCAACAAUCGUCGUGCCAGUGGCCGCGCCCUCUGUCGAGGCGUUAGACGCGGUAGUCGUUUGAGCAACCUCCGAGGAAGUCGUCGUAUUUGUCGUGGCGGAAGCGCCUUGGGUACUACCCUGGGGGCAAGCGUCGGCACCAAUGUCGAUCCCAACAUGGGUUCCAACAUCGGUUCCAACAUCGGUACAAACAUCGGUACAAACAUCGGUACAAACAUCGGUUCCAACAUCGGUUCCAACAUCGGUUCCAACAUCGGUUCCAACAUCGGUUCCAACAUCGGCUUGAAUUAUGGCAUCGCUGAUGCCCCCAAUUAUACCGCUAGCAGUGGAACUCCUGCCCCAACUGAUAGUAAGGAGAAAGCAAACUGUUAUCAUUUCUUCAAUUCGUCCUUCUCCUUUGUCAAGAGGGAAUACAACUUCAAUUCCAGCAUCCGAAAGAAUUAUAUAUUUUUUGGAAGUAACUAUUAUGGGAAUAGGAAACUGUGGUUGAAGCUGAACCUGCGAAAACGUGGAGGUGGUGGUUCUUCGUCCCUGAUGACACCCGCUUCUGCAUCUGGUGCAGUCGCGAGAGGGGUGGGAAGAAGUUACUACGAAAUAGAUGGCAAUUUGGGUCCGAGUGGGGACGCAGAUGCGGCAGCUGCGAAUUCUUUCUCCUAUGGAAGGGGAGGAUUAAGAGGAGGAAUGGCAGAGCAGGAAGAAAACGAUAUGAUGUAUAUGAGAGGUGGAGUGAAUGAUGGAAAGAACAGUCGGGAAAAUUACAACGUGAGCCAAAAUAUGAAAAAAAAAAGAAGGAAGAGAAGAAAGGGAAUACUUACUGUAGGUAGUAGCAAAACAAAGGGGGCGCGUGGAAAGAAGAGACUAUGUACCGAAAAUAGAGGGAGAACAAUUGGAGGAGUAGGAAGAGGUGGCCGAAGCAGAGGAAGAGGAACGGGAUUAAGUCGCGGAACAACCACAACGGUUAGUAAGUUACAUAACAGCUCACUAGAAAUGCGUAUCAAUAGUAGUACCACCCGAGGUAGUACCAACGUAACAAAUAGAUAUAAGAGCUCCUCAUCAGUGUUGAACAGGGGGGAUGCCAACAUAAUCGGGGGUAAUCGGAGUCACGACAUUCAUAACCGAAACUCAGUGAAUGAAUUAGCAGAUGAAUCGUUCGUUAGCGAUAUGUCUAAGGGAAACUGGACGGAGGAUGAGUGCAUAUACAGAGCGAACACGAGGAAGGAGACACAGAAGAUGAAGGAAGAAGAGACUGAGGUAAAACUUUGCAGUGAGACCAUGCAUCUGUGUAAGUAUCUAAGUGAUGAUGAUAUAUCAUACGAACUGUAUACCAAUUAUUUUUCCAAAAGUGUGGAUAGCGUCUCUGUGGCUAGCUACUUAAGGUAUUUCAAAAUAUUAAACAAAAAGGGGCUUAAGAUGAAGGCCAAGCGCAUGUCUCCGAAGCGCAGCUUUAAUUACGAGACCUUUCUCACGUCCAUCCGUAGUACCAAUGAACGCAAGAGUCGAGGGGAAGUAAAAUCAGAAGUGGUGCAAGAGGACAAGGAAGCGGACGAUACGAAUGGAUCGAAAGUGAAAAGCACCCAAAAUGGACAAAUCUGCGAAGAGGAUCCUACCACCCAAGGAGACCAAACACAAAAACUGAACAAAGCAGAUGAAGCUAACCGUGCCAUAACAGAGAAGCGCACACUUCAUCAGCUACUGAAUGAAAAUCGAGAAGAUCUAAUAGAAUGUACCCCCAUGAGCCCAGCCUUCCUCUUCUUCAUUAACAACAAUAUCUUGAUGACAUGUUUCGAAAAUAUCCUUAAAAAGAAGAUAGUCCAAACGAAAUAUAUAAGCUAUCUGAGGGGAGUGUUGCUGCAGUUGAGGGAGAAAUUUGGCGAUGUUGUGUUGUCAUCUCCGUAUCACGGAAGGGGGAGUUUACUGGCACAUCAUUACAGUGAUGAGUACAGCCAAGGGGAGAUGGAAGAUGUAGGAAAGCAUUUGAAAGAGGGCUAUGAGGAGGGAGAAGAAAAUGGUGUAGAUAGAGGAAAGAUGGCACAUUUAUCGAGUUCGGGGGGGCUCAUGGGUACCUAUUCGACGCGAGGACACAAAGGAAGAAAUGUUGAUAUCGGAGUGGUAGGAGAUACAGAGGCUGUUGCUACCGGAACAACGACUAAUAGUACUGGAACUAAUGGAGGAGAAAAAAAACGAAUGAGAGGUGGUGGUCGUGGAGGAGCAUCAUCUGGUAGCACGAACAGACGAGGAAGGGGUAGCGGUAUGCAUUCAGGUCGAGGAAGAGGACGAGGAGCAGCUGCUGCUGCCGCGGCACAGAUCACCGUUACAAAUGGAUACUCCCUCAGGAGGAAGGGACCCAAUGGAGAAAAGUUUAGUUACCGAAACUUUGAGCAAAAGUACAACCACAAGUAUUUUAUCAACGACGAUGCUUAUCCUACCAAGGAGGCGUGCUUGAGUGGAAAAAGAAGAAGGAGUCUUCAAGACCAACAGGAGGAAAUGCAAGCAUCUAUGCAUCGUUUGUACAACAGAGGAGAAGAUUUCGAGGACAUGGACGGUAUGAGACUUCACCACCAUAAUAUGCGAGGAGAUAUAAACAACAUGAACGGAAUGAACUAUAAUGGUCACUUGGGCGUAAACCAUUUUUCCAUUAAGGGAGAAAUGAAAGAUGGCAAUGAUGGAAGUUACAAUUAUCACAUGGAUGAAGUGGGAAGGAGGAAAAUGGGAAGAGGUGGGGGGAUGCACCUUAUGGGAGAACACAACGGCGGUGAAUAUAAUGAUUACCAUCAACACGGAAUGAUGAUGGAUAUAAAGGAUGAAUUUUCAAUGGAGAACCAUCACCAUGGGUUGAGGAUGACUACUACGACUACGACCACUGUCCCGUGUGUUGACACCGAUGGGGGGAAGAGCAGCAUGGGAGGCAUGGAAGGUGCGAAUGACAUUGGAGAAAACGGGGAAGGUGGUUUGAACACCUCAUCGUCCAUAAAUGAUAACAGCCUGAUGGGCGUGGAGAAAAAAGUCAAGUACAAAGGUAAGGGCCACCAAAAAGUGGAAGGUGAAAAAAUCAAGAAGAGAAAGAAAGGCCAUUUCAGUAGAAACCAGGAAGUAAUGAGAUCGUAUGGUGGAAUGAUGAAUGAAAAUCCAAGCAGCCUCAUGUACAAAACCUACGGUGCACAUAAACAGGGAAAUAGCUAUGCCAACUUAAACUACAAGGAAAUACAAGACAUGUUGAAAGAUCUCACUGUCUUGAAAAGUGGUUUGAAUUGGAAAACAUACAAGAUGGAGGAUGUACCAAGCGAUUUGUAUAAACAUAUUCGUCCCAUUAAUCAGCGAGUCACGGGGUUUAAAACUGUGUUGCUUGUGGAUGAACUUUUCGAAAGACUGUGGGAAUUCCCAAACACCGAUGUUAUAAAGGUGCGCACUGUUACACGUGGGGACCAGUUCAUCGGAGAUGUUCGAAUUGAUUUUUACUAUCGUCAGAGCGAGCGCACGCUUUGUCGAUCGUGCGGACGACACAUCCUCAAGCAGAAGUUCGCCACAGAGCACUACCAGAGGAAUAUAAGCUGCUGGAAGGAAGUCAUGUGGAGGCUGGGCAUCCCGGAGUUGCACUACUACAACUCAGUUCGUAACGACUUCCUGGACUCGCGCGUGCUGAACGUGGAGAAUAACAACGAGCAGGUGGUGUUGGAUCGAACGCUGACGCUGUAUAACCAGGAGCUCAUCAAGAAAGCUACAGAUUUUGUAAACGAUGAGCUAAAGUACUACGAGGAAAACGUUGUAACGAAACCGAGGAAGAGUAAAGGAGGCAAUCAAUGCUUCGAGCUGGACAUUCUAAUCCUCGACAACAACAACAUUAUCCUCCCGACAGUGAAGAGCGAACUUGACGAACCCUAUUUUGAAAUCUCCGGGAUAUAUCCAAACAAUGGAUUCCCUGAUGGGAACUAUUCUAAGAACUUUUGUUUUAUUAAAAUAACGUUUAAUAAACUUGGCGGUAUGGUGUUGCGGGAUUUGUUCACUUUGGAGUGUGAGUUCCUGGUCGAUUGGGGAGAUAACCUACUCAUACAGGCAAAAAAGUACACAUUACACGAAGUAUACAAUACUCCUGAAUCGCAUGACACUGGCCUGAGAAAUUUAUACGACCAAGGGUUUGCCUACUUGCGAUGUAACGUUCCUCAAAAGACGAAUGGCAAGGUACACUUAAAAGUGAGGAUUCCGAAAACGGUAUGGCAUUAUUGGGAGGCAGUCGCUGAUGAAACGCUAAAAAUUCAUUACGAGUUUUUGGACAAGCAUAAUGUGUGCAGACAACUGCUUUUCUGUUCAUACCUGGAUAACGUAAACAAGAAUUUUAAUGGGUAUGGGAAGAACUCCUCCAAAGGGGGAGGAGGAGGGGCUAUCUCUGGUAACAACUACGAUAUGGAAAACGAUGGAGGAAGCUGUAAUAAUGACCAUAGGAUGGACCACAGGAUGGAAGAGAGGAUGGAAGAAAGGAUGGACCAUAGGAUGGACCAUAGGAUGGAAGAGAGGAUGGAAGAAAGGAUGGAUCACAGGAUGGACCACAGAAUGGACCACCGAAUGGACCACAGAAUGGAUCACAGGAUGGACCACAGAAUGGACCAUAGAAUGGACCAUAGAAUGGACCACAGAAUGGAUCACAGAAUGGAUCACAGGAUGGACCAUCGGAUGGACCACAGGAUGGAUCACUCCAUGGAAAACUCGGUAGAAAAUUCGAUGGACAAUUCGGUCGAACAUUACCCGCCUUACCAACCGUCACACCAUCACCACCACGGUAUGCACCACGACAGGAAUGACACCAACAGCAUUCCAUACGAUUACCCCAAGAUGGAGGACGACUACCCCCACAGGGCAUCCUACAUGGAGGGCAAAAAAUCCAAAGGAACUGGCGGCAAUAACAACAGCAGUUCCAGCGGAAACCACCACCACCACCACUCAUCGGAACACCUGUCUGGAGGAGGCAAGGGCAUGCAUUAUGGAUAUAGUUCACCUAAAUCACAAAUGAAUAACCUUAAUAGCAACAUAAAUACCGGCAGAAUCAUGUAUUGCCAAAAUAGUUCCUACAGCAACAUGGACUACCCCUUAAUGAAUAACGUUCCUCCGCACCAAAAUUUUACCAACUAUGGCAUGCAAAACGAUUCGGAUACCAACUAUUCGAAGAACUACGACCAGUAG